AUGUCUAGCACAAAUCCUUUGUCUAUCUCCAACAUAACUUGUGGUUGGAAAGGCAAAGCUUGUGCCUCUACUCCAUCUAAGCUGCCCUCAACUUCUACACCAAGCCCAAAGAAGCAAGGCAGACGUAAGGUAGGUGCCUGUGCCUGGACAAUCAAGGACUACUUGCUGGUUUUCUGUAUCAUCUCUAUGGUACGCCCAGUUGGUAGCAACCAGUGGGAGAUAGUUGGCAAAAACAUGAUGGCUCAAAGCUUCACAGCUUGGAGCAGCAAGGUUUGCAAGAAUCAUUGGGUUAAGGUCCUGAAGCUCCCCAAGCCAACCAGACAAAGCAAGAUGCAUCCCUUGCAUUGUCUUGCAUUAGCAGUCAAAGAAGGCAUCAGUAAAUUGCAUGCAAUGGGCUUGCUGGAUGACUUGAGUGCCCCUGACAAAUACAAGGAGACAGAGAUUGAAUUCAACCUUGCUGAGACCAAGAUGAGGCGCCUGAGGCUUGAUUUCAAGUGUGCCCCUAACUUCAAAGUUCCCCUUCUGGAUGAGGACGCCAAGGUCAAAGACAAUGCUGGCAACUGCAGGAACAACAAAACAGGGGCCAGCAGAAAUCCAAGUGAAGUCUGGGUGGGCUUGGACAACAAGGUUGUGGGUGAUAGUGGUGACUCAGGGGCAGGCAAAGGUGCAGAGAAUUGCAACAGUGACAGAGAGGAGGAUUGGCCCCCAAUCAGCAUGGCAACAGAUCCUCAAGCUGACAGCAAAUUGCCUUUGUGGGGUCUACACCUCAGCAAUAUUGACACAACUAUUGCAUCACUGUCCAAGGCCAUGUUGUUGCCCAAGGCCCCCACAACCCCAAAACCCCUGGCACACUCAUUGGCUGUGGGGGCAACAUUGACCAGUCUGGCCCCCUUCCCAAUGUUGAAACUUUGUCUGAACAAAGCCCAGGCUCAUUUGCCAAGCAAGGCGCCAAGUGCUACUGCAACUGGUAGCCAUCCUUUAGUCAAGAUGCUGGUGAAGCUUGAAGCAAGUCCAUUGAACAAGCGUAAGGCUCCUGGCUCUGCUUGGGCCAAUAGAGACCAUGGCAGCAAGAAGCCAAAGUUGGAGGCCAAACCAACAGUUUGGCGCCCUGAGCCCAAGGCCUUGUCAAGCAACAACAUUAUUGACCUUAUAUCAGACAACAAUGGUGAGUUUAUCAGCAGUUAUCUCAAGCAACAAGAAGAGGGAAACUUCAAGACCAUUGUGUACAUGCAAUUGGGUUGGAAGAAGAUAUGCAAACUUGAGCUGAAGCUUAUUGAAUACAAGCUUGACAAGAAGGUUCAAGAGCAUGUCAAGGAAGCUCUUGCUCAACACGCGCUGGCACCAAUGGCUCCUGCUGGUUCAGUGCCAAUGCAGUAUUUUGCAACUUCUGGUUGCAAAGACAUGCAUAGUACCAUCAACAACCUAGACUGUUUCAAUCCCUUGCAUCCAUUCAACAAAUGA